CAAAAGGAAUAUUUAUAUGUAUGUGUAAACUCUUUACAUUAUGAUAUUAAUGUCUUUGAUUUUUGUCACCUGAAAACUGUUCAAAAUUUUCAACGAAGAGAACCGCAGAUUGGAGAGAACUUUUUAGUAUCAGCUGUUUGUAUUACAAUGGGUGGGACAGGAUCGAAGAAAAAGACAACUAACAAUGACGCUGCGAACGGAAAGGAAGAUGAACCAGACCCCAGGUGGUCAGUUGCAGGGAGGAAACAUACAUAUGAAGAAUGCCAUCCAGAGGACGAGGAUGAUAAACCAGACCCAGGGGCACAGGAACAGUACAAAGUGACAAGGGCACCACGACAGUACGAAGAUAUCGAUAAGGAUUAUGAACAACAGAAAGCCGAAACCAAAGAUUCUAACAAUGCAAGGUUGUCACAAAAGCAGUCCGGAGAGUUAAAUUAUGUUGAUGUUGAAUUUACCAAGCCACAAAAGAAGAAAAAGAGUAAAAAAGACAAAGAAUCGGAUUCUAGUGACGUUCCAGCGGCUUCUGUGGAAUAUAGUGAAGUGGUCAUUCAAAACUCUAAACCCACGAUAAACUGAAUGUCCACUUUUCUUAAUGUUGUCUUCUGUACAUUUGUAACUUACGCAUUUUGUAUAUUCAUGUGACGUUAAAUAUUUUUAGUGGUUUUUUAUUUGUAUAUAUAAGUUCACAAGUUUAGGUAACUUUGACUUUGUACAUUUUGAGUAAGGUUUGUCUCUAGAAGGCGGAUUUUACUACUGUUUCACCUAGUGUACUAUUAUCUAGGGUUUUCAAACCUUAUAAGGUAACCUUGGUGUUUGAAAAUAUUAUUGUUAUGUAUUGACAAAUGAAAACUAAGCAAAAAAUAUGCGUAUUGCAAUUUUAAUGAAUAUGUGGAUAAUAAUGCCAUUUUUUUUUCAAAUUAAUUUUCAAUUAAACAAAAAAAUCGCAUGUAUUAAAUUGCCAUGUAACUUGAAUUAGAUGACGUGCUUCAUGAUUCUUUAUAAUCUACAUCUGUAUCAAAUGUAGCCUUAUGUAAAUGUCUACAUGUAUAAGUCAACAACCUUGCAUGUAGAUAGAUGAUGGAAUUUACGCAUUGUUUGUAUUGAAUUUAUGUGUGUUUAAAUAGUUUUUUAAAUUCCUCAAGUUAUAUAUGUAUAUGUAAUCGUGAACACUUCACAUGAUUGCAAGUUUUAGAUUUUUAACACAAUUUUGAUAAUUAAACAAUAAUAAGAUCUUCCAUGAA